AUGGGAUGGGUUUACAAUGCCAGUCCCAACGUUGAGGCUGCGUCGCAGUACCCCGUUGUGCUGGGGGUUUGUUUGAGUCUGACGGUGUUGAUGGUUGUUACCGUUGGGCUGAGGUUGUUUAUGCGGGCGCAGGCGAGUCGGCUGGGUGCGGCGGAUUGGGUUAUGGUUGUUAGCAUGCUAAACUACGCCGGUCGCCCCUUCUACCAAAUCGGCAUCGCGGGCUUCAAAGCUUCACUCUGUCUAAGCUACCUGCGCCUGCUGGAAGGUACAUCUAAGAGCCGCUACCGGAUCCUAAUAUGGGUGGUUAUUGUCCUCUGUACAAUCGGACACAUCGUCGGCGCCCUGAUUCUCAUCUUCAACUGUACACCCGUCCACAAAGCGUGGCAUCCCACUGAACCGGGCUCGUGCCUACCGGUCGGCGCGACAUUCUACGGCCUCGCGAUCUUCACCAUCAUCUGUGACGUGGUGGUUAUCUUCCUACCGAUCCCGCUACUCCUGAAACUGAAUAUCAAACCCGCACAAAAAGCAGGCGUUGUUUGUCUUUUCCUCCUGGGAUUGUUCACAACUAUCUGCUCGAUCCUUCGCCUAACACAGAUCCAUCGCGUUGCGUUUGGGGAUGGAAAUUCGACGAUGUUGGUUCUUUGGGGGACGAUUGAGUUUAAUGUUGGCGUAUGGACCCGUCACUUCUUGCUUCCUUCGAUUUUGUGA